AUGAGUAUCAAUUCAUCCACCACCGAACAACCUCCGCCGGAUCUCACCGACGACCCCCAAAUCGAAAAGACGGGCACAACACAAUGGCAUCUCACCCCCGAACUUCAAACCAUGCGCGAUCGCGACGAAGAAAUCGGUCAAAAGCCCCGUAAACUCGGCGUAACCUGGCAAAACCUCACCGUCAAAGGUAUUGGCAGCGACGCAGCGUUCAACGAAAAUGUCAUUUCCCAAUUCAACCUUUUUCAUUCGACUGCGAAGGACACUCCCAUGAAGACCAUCAUUGAUGGUUCCUCCGGUUGUGUCAAGCCCGGUGAGAUGUUGCUUGUUCUUGGACGGCCUGGGAGUGGAUGUACUACACUUUUGAGCGUUCUUGCGAAUAACAGACGGGGCUAUGAAGAGGUGACCGGCGAUGUUCAUUACGGUAAUAUGUCUGAUGAAGAAGCCAAGGCUUAUCAAGGACAAAUCGUCAUGAACACCGAAGACGAGAUUUUCUUCCCCAGUUUGACAGUUGAAGCAACAGUCGACUUCGCCACGCGGAUGAAGGUCCCCUUCCAUUUACCCCCUGGUAUCAAGACCCGAGAAGAAUACGCCCAAUUCUACAAAGACUUCCUCCUUCGAUCUGUCAACAUUUCUCACACAGUACAUACCAAAGUCGGCGACGCCUUCAUCCGCGGUGUCUCUGGCGGCGAACGCAAACGAGUCUCAAUUGUAGAGUGUCUCGCCACAAGAGCCAGUGUGUUUUGCUGGGAUAACUCUACUCGCGGACUCGACGCCAGUACUGCACUGGAAUGGGUCAGAGCUAUUCGAGCCAUGACAGACAUUCUUGGUCUCACAACGAUUGUCACGCUGUACCAGGCUGGAAAUGGUAUCUAUGAGCAUUUCGAUAAAGUCCUUGUUCUUGAUGAAGGGAAGCAGAUCUUUUAUGGUCCACAGAGAGAUGCUGUUCCUUUCAUGGAAGACCUCGGCUUUAUGAGAGAUUCGGGUUCCAACAGAGGGGACUUUCUGACAGGUGUUACUGUCCCUACCGAAAGGCGUGUUGCGCCGGGGUAUGAGAACACAUUCCCCCGUGAUGCAGAUGCUGUCCGCGCUGCUUAUGAUCGGUCGACCAUCAAAGCAAGGAUGCUUGAAGAAUGUCAGGCAUACCCCAUCAGUACCGAAGCAGCUCAGAACACCACCAUCUUCAAAGAGAUGGUAGCCCGCGAGAAGCACAAGUUUGUACCCUCCAACUCCCCCACCACCGCCAACCUGGCCAUGCAAGUCCACGCAGCUGUCACGAGACAGUAUCAAAUCAUGUGGGGUGAUAAAUCAACACUCUUCAUGAAACAGGGCGCGACUCUGAUCCAAGCUUUCCUCGGUGGAUCUCUGUUCUACUCUGCACCGGACAACUCAGCUGGUCUCUUCCUCAAAGGAGGUGCUUUGUUCUUCUCCAUUCUGUACAAUGCCCUGUUAGCCUUGUCGGAAGUUACGGAUUCUUUCACUGGAAGACCCAUCCUUGCGAAGCAUCGAUCUUUUGCACUCUAUGAUCCCGCCGCUGUUUGUAUCGCCCAAGUCAUUGCUGAUUUACCUAUUCUGGCUUUCCAAGUCAUUCAGUUCGGGCUUGUCCUUUACUUCCUUGUCGGUCUCAAGGCUACAGCCGGUGCGUUCUUUACGUAUCUGGCCACCAACUACAUCACUGCUUUGACCAUGACAGCCUUCUUCCGCUUCAUUGGCGCUGCCUUUCCGACUUUUGAUGCUGCUACAAAGGUCUCUGGUCUAUCCAUCGUUGCAUUGUUUGUGUACAUGGGAUACAUGAUUAUCAAGACCGAGAUGCAUCCUUGGCUAUCUUGGAUCUUCUGGAUCAAUCCCAUGGCUUAUGGUUUUGAAGCCCUUCUUGGAAAUGAGUUUCAUGAUCAAGAAAUUCCUUGUGUUGGUCCGUAUCUUAUCCCCAACGGUCCUGGAUAUGUCGGUGGAGAUGGAGGUCAGGCAUGCUCUGGCGUAGGAGGUGCUGAACCUGGCGCAGCAUUUGUCACAGGCGAUGCUUACCUUUCACACAUGUCAUUCGAUCACAGCCACAUCUGGCGCAACUUUGGCAUCAACUGCGCCUGGUGGAUACUAUUCGUUGGCCUCACUAUCUUCUUCACAUCACGAUGGAAGCAAGUGGGCGAAGGUAGUCGCAACCUCCUCAUUCCUCGUGAACAACAGCACAAGUCCAAGCAUCUUCUUCCCUCCAAGGACAGCGAGACUCCAAGUGAAAAGACGCGUGCUGAGAAUGGAUCUGGAGCUUCUGAUGGUGAAGUUGACACAAACCUCAUGCGCAACAAGAGCAUUUUCACUUGGAAGAACUUGACAUAUACUGUUAAAACUUCAGAAGGUGAGCGUGUCCUACUUGAUGACGUUCAGGGCUAUGUGAAACCUGGCAUGCUUGGUGCUUUGAUGGGUUCUUCAGGUGCAGGCAAAACAACACUUCUCGACGUCCUCGCACAACGAAAAACGGAGGGAUCAAUCCACGGAUCAGUUUUAGUCGACGGGCGACCUAUUCCUGUCUCUUUCCAACGAUCAGCUGGGUAUGUUGAGCAAUUGGAUAUCCACGAGCCUCUGGCAACCGUUCGUGAAGCACUAGAAUUUUCCGCCUUAUUACGCCAGUCUCGCGAAGUGCCAGAUGAAGAAAAGCUGCGUUAUGUUGAUACUAUCGUCGACCUCUUGGAGCUCAACGAUCUCGAACAUACACUUGUCGGUCGACCUGGAAACGGCUUGUCAAUCGAACAACGAAAACGUCUCACCAUUGCAGUUGAAUUGGUCGCCAAACCUAGCAUUCUCAUCUUUCUCGAUGAACCGACAUCGGGCCUCGAUGGACAGGCAGCCUUCAAUACAGUCCGGUUUCUUCGCAAGCUUUCAGCCGCUGGACAAGCUGUUCUGGUGACUAUUCAUCAGCCAUCAGCACAGUUAUUUGCACAAUUCGACACCUUGUUGCUCCUUACCAAAGGAGGAAAGACGGUUUAUUUCGGUGAAAUUGGUGAUAACGCUGCGACCGUGAAGCAGUACUUUGGUCGUCAUGGAGCUCCAUGCCCCGAUGAAGCCAAUCCCGCAGAACACAUGAUCGAUGUCGUGUCAGGCGGAGAUGGACCGUACAAGGAUACAGAUUGGAACCAGGUUUGGCUACAGUCACCAGAACGUGACCAGCUCACGAAAGACUUGGACCACAUGAUCGAAGAAGCUGCAUCUCGACCAUCACAUCUCAAGGACGACGGGAACGAAUUCGCUGCUUCAAUGUGGACACAAGUCAAGCUUGUAACACACCGAAUGAACAUUUCCCUCUUCCGAAACACCGAAUACAUCGACAACAAAUUGGCCAUGCAUAUCCUUCUUCCGCUCCUGAAUGGGUUCACUUUCUGGCAGAUUGGUGAUAGUCUUACAGAUCUUCAGCAGAAUUUGUUUACAGUGUUCAACUUCAUUUUCAUCGCGCCGGGUAUCAUUGCACAGUUGCAACCUCUAUUUAUUGAUCUCAGGGAUAUCUAUGAGGCCAGGGAGAAGAAGAGCAAGAUGUAUCAUUGGGCACCGUUUGUUACUGGUCUGAUUGUAUCAGAGCUUCCUUAUUUGCUUAUCUGUGCGCUGUUGUAUUUUGUUUGUUGGUACUUCACUGCUGGACUUCCUACUGGUGCUGGUCAUGCGGGCAGUGUAUUCUUUGUUGUGGUUAUGUACGAAGGCUUGUAUACUGGCAUCGGUCAGAUGAUUGCUGCGUAUACUCCCAAUGCCGUCUUUGCAUCACUGGUCAAUCCUCUAGUGAUUACCACUCUUGUCUCAUUUUGUGGUGUCAUGGUACCCUAUAGUCAGAUUGUACCAUUCUGGCGAUACUGGAUGUACUUCAUUGACCCCUUCAACUACCUCAUGAGUUCGCUCCUUGUAUUCACAACCUGGGACAAACCUGUCCACUGCAAACCUGAAGAACUGGCCGUGUUCGACCCUCCUUUCAACAUGACUUGCGCCGAGUAUCUCUCCGACUACCAGACUGGUAUGGGCAUGGCUACCAACCUUCUCAAUCCGGAUGAUAGCACCUCUUGUCAAGUUUGUCAAUACACAUCUGGGGCGGAUUAUCUUCGAUCGCUCAACCUAAAGGAAGGAUAUUAUGGAUGGAGGAAUGCGGGAAUUGUUGUUGUGUUUGUGAUUGGUAUCUAUGGGCUUGUCUACCUCAUGAUGAAGCUUAGGACCAAGGCUACGAAGAAGGCGGAGUCCUAG